AUGGCUGGGCUGGAUCGAGUCGCUCCUUCGGGUCUGCUCCUUCGGGUGCCGGCUGCUGGGUGCCCGGCUGCCCCAGCCCGCAGAGGCGGCGACCGUGACAGGCGGAGCCUGGGAAGGAGGAGGUGGGGCCUGGGGCGGACCGGGCGGGGCGCCGGGGCGGCGGGAGGCACCUGUCCUGAAUCUCGCCGCCUCUCACCAAGAGCCGCUGGCCAGGAGGGUGCGUCUAUGGUGGCGGCAGCGACGGCUGGACGUGUGACUGGCCCUGCCCUUGGAGUGGCUCCCAAAUACACGCGGUUAAGCCACAGCCAUCAGGAGGCAGUCCUUGCCAUAGGGGAUGCUACCACCGUGAUGGGAGGCCAGGAGGAAGCUGAGUUCCUGGCUUCCUUGGCCAUGUCUUCCUGGGAAAGGCGGCUCCAUCGGGCCAAAUGUGCACCAUCUUACUUGUUCUCCUGCUUCAACGGGGGCGAAUGUGUGCACCCGGCCUUCUGUGACUGCAGGCGCUUCAAUGCUACUGGGCCGCGCUGCCAGAUGGUGUACAAUGCCGGCCCUGAGAGAGACAGCAUCUGCCGGGCGUGGGGACAGCAUCACGUGGAGACAUUUGAUGGCCUCUACUACUACCUGUCUGGGAAGGGCAGCUAUACUCUGGUGGGGCGCCAUGAACCUGAGGGGCAGAUCUUCUCAGUCCAGGUGCACAACGACCCGCAGUGUGGCUCCUUCCCCUACACCUGCUCCAGGUCUGUCAGCCUCUUCUUUGCGGGUGAGCAGGAGAUCCAUCUGGCCAAGGAGGUCACCCAUGGAGGCGUGAGGGUCCAGCUGCCUCACGUGAUGGGGAACCUGCGUCUACAGCAGCUUGCUGGCUAUGUCCUUGUGCGAUAUCAGUCGGCCUUCACGCUUGCCUGGGAUGGUACCUCAGCUGUCUACGUUAAAAUGAGUCCAGAGUUCCUAGGCUGGACCCAUGGGCUGUGUGGGAACAACAAUGCCGACCCCCAGGAUGACCUGGUGACCAGCUAUGGGAAGCUGACAGACGAUGUGGCGGAGUUCGUGCACAGUUGGCAGGGGCAGGCCCCCAACCAGCCUCCAGGGCCCAUGACCUCCUCCCUGCCCCGCCCUCCAUGCCUGCAGCAGAGCCCAGGAACCAUGCAGGGUGUGUAUGACCGCUGUGAGGCGCUGCUGCGACCCCCCUUUGACACCUGCCAUGCCUAUGUCAGCCCUCUGCCCUUCAUGGCCAGCUGUACCAGCGAUCUCUGCCAAUCAGCAGGCGAUGAAGCCACCUGGUGCAGAGCACUGGCAGAGUAUGCCCGGGCCUGUGCCCAGGCAGGUCGGCCGCUGCAGGGGUGGAGGAACCAGCUACAGUCAUGCAUGGUGCUCUGCAAGGAGAAGGCCUUUGUCUACAACGAGUGCAUCGCCUGCUGCCCGGCCUCCUGCCAGCCGCGGGCAUCCUGUGUGGACAGUGAGAUAGCCUGUGUGGACGGCUGCUACUGCCCUGAUGGGCUGAUCUUCGAGGAUGGGGGCUGUGUGGCACCGGCUGAGUGUCCCUGUGAGUUCCAUGGGACCCUGUACCCGACUGGCUCUGUGGUGAAAGAAGACUGCAAUUCCUGCACAUGCACUGCGGGCAAGUGGGUGUGCAGCACUUCCGUCUGCCCAGCUGAGUGCUCAGUGACUGGUGACAUCCACUUCACGACCUUCGACGGCCGCCGCUACACGUUCCCGGCCACGUGUCAGUACAUCCUGGCCAAGAGCCGCUCCUCCGGCACCUUCACAGUGACUCUGCAGAACUCCCCAUGUGGCCUGAACCAGGAUGGAGUCUGCGUCCAGUCAGUGUCAGUAAUUCUGCAUCAGGACCCUCGGAGGCAGGUGACCUUGACCCAAGCAGGGGAUGUUCUUCUGUUUGACCAGUACAAGGUCACUCCACCCUACACAGACGACGCCUUUGAGAUCCGGAGACUGUCCUCCGUGUUCCUGCGCGUGAGGACCAACGUGGGUGUGCGGGUGCUCUACGACCGCGAAGGACUGAGGCUCUACCUGCAGGUGGACCAGCGAUGGGUGGAGGACACCGUGGGCCUCUGCGGCACCUUCAACGGCAACACGCAGGACGAUUUCCUGUCCCCAGUGGGUGUGCCUGAGAGCACUCCACAACUCUUUGGCAAUUCUUGGAAAACACUGUCCGCCUGCUCCCCGCUGGUCUCUGGCUCCCCGCUGGACCCCUGCGAUGUGCACCUGCAAGCCGCCCCCUUUGCCCUGCAGGCCUGCAGCGUGCUCACGGGGGAGCUGUUUGCGCCCUGCUCCGCGUACCUGAGCCCUGUGCCCUACUUCGAGCAGUGCCGCCGAGAUGCCUGCCGUUGCGGGCAGCCCUGCCUGUGCGCCACACUGGCCCACUACGCCCACCUGUGCCGGCGCCACGGGCUGCCCGUUGACUUCCGUGCCCACCUGCCAGGCUGCGCGCUGUCCUGUGAGGCUACCAAGGAGUACAGCCCGUGUGUGGCUCCAUGUGGGCAGACCUGCCAGGACCUGGCCGGCCCUGAGGCCUGUGGGGUUGCUGGUGGCAGUGACCUCAGCGGGGACGAGUGUGUGGAGGGCUGUGCCUGCCCACCACACACCUAUCUGGACACCCAGGCUGACCUCUGUGUCCCCAGGAACCAGUGCUCCUGCCACUUCCAAGGAAUGGAUUAUCCCCCUGGAGACAGCGACGUCCCAACUCUGGGCCACUGCCGCUGCAAAGAUGGAAUCAUGAGCUGUGAUAGCGGAGCCCCGGUUGCCGCCUGCCCAGCGGGCCAGGUCUUUGUGAACUGCAGUGACCUGCACGCCGACCCUGAGCUGAACAGAGAGAGGACGUGUGAGCAGCAGCUGCUGAACCUGAGCGUGCCUGCCCGUGGGCCCUGCCUCUCAGGAUGCGCCUGUCCCCAGGGCCUGCUCAGACAUGGGGAUGCAUGCUUUCUGCCAGAGGAGUGUCCAUGCACUUGGAAAGGGAAGGAGUACUACCCUGGGGACCAGGUCAUGUCUCCCUGCCAUUCCUGCGUGUGCCAGCGCGGCUCGUUCCAGUGCACCCUCCACCCCUGCGCCUCCACCUGCACGGCCUAUGGUGACCGGCAUUACCGCACGUUUGAUGGGCUCCCGUUUGACUUUGUGGGGGCGUGCAAAGUGCACCUGGUCAAGAGCACAUCGGAUUUCAGCUUCUCUGUGAUUGUAGAAAAUGUAAACUGCUACAGCUCUGGCAUCAUCUGCAGGAAAUUUAUUUCCAUCAACGUGGGGAACUCACUCGUUAUCUUCGAUGACGACUCAGGAAAUCCCAGUCCGGAGAGCUUCCUGGACGAGAAGCAGGAGGUCCACACGUGGCGGGCAGGGUUUUUCACGCUGGUGCAUUUCCCUCGGGAGCACAUCACCCUCUUGUGGGACCAGAGAACCACGGUGCACAUCCAGGCCGGGCCACAGUGGCAGGGCCAGCUGGCAGGACUCUGUGGGAACUUUGACUUAAAGACCGUCAAUGAGAUGAGGACCCCAGAGAACUUAGAGUUAACUAACCCCCAGGAGUUUGGUGGCAGUUGGGCUGCAGUUGAGUGCCCAGACACCCUUGACCCCCGAGACACUUGUGUCCUGAAUCCUCUCCGAGAACCCUUUGCCAAGAAGGAAUGCAGUGUCCUGCUCAGCGAGGUGUUUGAGACCUGCCACCCUGUGGUUGACGUCACUUGGUUUUACUCGAACUGCCUGACAGACACGUGUGGGUGCAGCCGGGGCGGUGACUGUGAGUGCUUCUGUGCCAGCGUGUCUGCCUAUGCCCACCAGUGCUGCCAGCAUGGGGUGGCUGUUGACUGGAGGACCCCACGCCUCUGCCCCUAUGACUGUGACUUCUUUAACAAAGCACUAGGGAAAGGCCCCUACCAGCUGGCCAGCUUGGCGGCCGGCGGUGCCCUGGUGGCCGUGAAGGUGGCAGGCGGUGCCCUGGUCCUAGUGAAAGCAGAGGACGUGGCGCCGGGGGACAUCGUGAACUUCCUGCUGACAGCUGCGCUGUACAAGGCCAAGGCCCAUGACCCGGAUGUGGUGUCCCUGGAGGCAGCGGACAGACCCAACUUCUUCCUCCACGUCACAGCCAACGGGUCUCUGGAGUUGGCCAAGUGGCAGGCCGGGGAUGCCUUCCGCCACCGUGCCUCCUUCUCGCUGCACCGGGGGACAUGGCGGGCGGGCCUGGUGGCCCUGGAGUCACUGGCAGAGCCCGGGGCCUUCCUCUACGUGUCAGGCCCAGUGCCAGCCCUGCGGCUGUACCAGCACACGGAGGCCUUCCGCCGGGGCACGCUGUUCCGCCUUCUGGAUGCCAAGCCCUCGGGGGCUGCCUACCCGACUUGUGAGUGGCACUAUGAUGCCUGUGCCAGCCCCUGCUUCCAAACCUGCCGGGACCCACGGGCAGCUGGCUGCCGGGAUGUGCCCAGGGUGGAGGGCUGUGUGCCCGCGUGUGCCACCCCCAAGGUGCUGGAUGAAGUCACACAGAGAUGCGUCCACUUGGAGGACUGUGUGGAGCCUGUGGUUUUGGUUCCCAUGGAGGCCCUUGGCAAUGAGACCCUGCCUCCUGGUCAAGCGCUGCCCACUCCCAGUGACAGGGAGCUGCAGUUUCCACAGGAAGCUCCCGGGGCCUCAUCCCACAGGCCAGCGCUCACACCAACUGCCCUGCUCACCACAGCCCUGAACCCGCCCACGGCAGCCUCCACAGGGCCAGCGCUGUCUCCAGGCACUGCCCAGGCCACUCAGCAACAGCUCCUGGGAGUCACAGCCUCUAGCCUCCCCGAGCACCCCACAGAGGCCCCGGCCAGCAAGGGAGUGACCGCUGGCCACCCAGCCAGCCCCGGUGCCCCAGAGCCCUCAUCCCUCCCCCUUUCACAGCACGUGACCACAUCUGGCAUGGGGUCAGGUGCCAUGGAGACGACCAGGGUGACCGUGAUCCUGGCUGAGAGCCCCAACAUCACAGUCUCCUCUCUGUCACCCCCUGCUCCUCGCUUCCCCCUCGUGACCAAAGCUGUUACGGUCCUAGGCCUUGGCUCCUUGCCUGUUAAGACGACACCCCUCCAGCCCUUCCCCAGCCUGGAGUUGCCUGCAAGCCCCUCCUCCAAGCCUGUGGCUUCCCCCGCAGUGACCUCCAUGCCCCCCACUUCCUCAGGAGUCCGUGAGGCUUCGCUGACAUCUGCAAUGACGAAGGUCAUGACCGGGACAGGGGUCCCACAGUCCAUACAGGCCCAGGGCCCUUCCAGUCCCAGCAGCCCCCCAGUUGAGGCCAGAACAGCUGCAGAACAGAUUCCUGCCCAUCCCCUGGUGACUGAGAGCAUGGAGACUGUGCCUCCCCCAGAAAAGGUCCAACCCGGGCCCAGCCAGCCCACAGGCCUACCAGCAGCCCCACUUCCAAGCCCAUUCCCCAUGGCCCCAGCCCGCCCCGCCCAGCACGCCACCACAGCCGCCAGGCCCCCAGCUUGGCCCUCAGGGACUGCAGCUGCCGCCAGCCUGUCUACAGUUGCUCAAGGGCUGAGGGCCACACCCUUCACCACUCUGGAGUCCACCCGGCCAGCCCAGCUCCUCUCCGGCCUGCCUCCUGACACCAGCCUGCCCCUGGCCAAGGUGGGGACGUCCGCCCCAGUGGCCACGCCUGGCCCCAAAGGCUCUACCCUAACCCCUCCACUCCAGCAACAGGCCACAUCUAUCGCCGUGGCCACGACUCUGCCUGCUGGGACCCUCGGUCCUGCACCGCCUCUAACCCCAACUGUCCUGGCCCAGGUUCACCUGCCCACUCAUGCGGUCCCGCAGGCAACAGGCGCGGCUCCAGGCCUGCUUGUGGGAGCCACACUGCCAACCCCUGGGGUCUUGGCCGUGGCUGAAGGGGCGGCCUCCACAGUAUCUGCUGCCCCACGAAAGAGCACCACGGAGAAGACGGCCAUCCUGUCCAAGCAGGUGUCUCUGCCCACUCGGGUAUCUGGCUCUACCCAGGGGGGCCCCACGGAGCUCAUGCCUGCGGUGGCCCACGCUGCUGCUACCUUGGUGACGGGGGCCGAGGGCCCCUGGGCUGGCACGGUGCCUCCAGCACCCACAUCCUACCCGCUGAGCCGAGUCUCGGCCAGGACGGCCUCCCGAGAGAGCCCACUCAUUCUGCCCCCCCAGCUGGCUGAGGCCCACGGCACCUCGGCAGGACCUCAGCCCCCAGCGGAGCCGGCGGGAGAGGCCACCACCCAGCCGUCCGGGCGCUCGGCCCCCGCAGUCCAGAGCGUCUCAGCGGUCUCAGCCGAGGCCUUGGUGACCACUGCUGGGGCCAGUACAUCCGCCCCCUGUGUUCCGAUCGCCGAGCAGGACUGCGUCCGCCACAUUUGCCUGCAGGGUGAGCUGAUCCGAGUGAACCGGUCCCAGCACUGUCCCCAGAGCGCCGCAGCCCCUCGCUGUGGGGUCCUGGGCCUCGCAGUGAGGGUGGGCGGAGACCGCUGCUGCCCCGUCUGGGAGUGCGCCUGCCGGUGCUCAAUCUUCCCUGACCUGAGCUUUGUCACCUUUGAUGGGAGCCACGUGGCCCUGUUUAAAGAGGCCAUCUACAUCCUCAGCCAGAGACCCGAAGAAAUGGUCACCGUCCACGUCCUCGACUGCAAAAGUGCCAACCUGGGGCACCUGAACUGGCCCCCGUUCUGUCUGGUGAUGCUGAAUGUGACUCACAAGACCCACGAGGUCACCAUUGACCGCUUCAACCGCAAGGUGUCUGUGGACUCACAGCCUGUGUGGCCCCCUGUGAGCUGGCACGGGUUCAGAAUUGAGGACACAGGCCACAUGUACAUGAUCCAGACGCCGUCACACAUCCAGAUCCAGUGGCUCCACAGCUCAGGACUCAUGAUCCUAGAGGCCAGCAGAGCCAGCGAGGCCCAGGGCCGUGGCCUAUGCGGUGUCUGUGAUGGGGAUGCGGCCAAUGACCUCACCCUGAAGGAUGGCUCUGUGGUGGGUGAGGCCGAAGACCCCGCUCCCUUUCUGGAUAGCUGGCAGGUGCCCAGCUCCCUGACCUCAGUCGGCCAGACCCGCUUCCGCCCAGACAGCUGUGCCACGGCCGACUGCUCGCCCUGCAUUCGCAUGGUGUCCAACCGCACGUUCAGUGCCUGCCACCACUUUGUCUCCCCGGAGUCGUUCUGUGACCUGUGGAUCCGGGACACCAAAUAUGUGCAGCAGCCCUGCGUGGCCCUGACCGUGUACGUGGCCAUGUGCCACAAGUUCCACGUGUGCAUCGAGUGGCGGCGCUCCGACUACUGCCCCUUCCUGUGCUCCAGCGAUUCUACAUACCAGGCAUGUGUGUCCGCCUGCGAGCCCCCCAGGACAUGCCAGGAUGGGCUGCUGGGCCCGCUGGACCCAGAGCAGUGCCAGGUGCUGGGCGAGGGCUGCGUCUGCUCCGAGGGCACCAUCCUGCACCGGCGCCACUCCGGGCUCUGCAUCCCCGAGGAGAAGUGCGCCUGCACAGACAGCACAGGUGUGCCACGGGCCCUGGGGGAGACUUGGAACAGCUCCCUCAGUGGCUGCUGCCAGCACCAGUGCCAAGCUCCAGACACGAUCGUCCCGGUGGACCGGGUCUGCCCCAGCCCCCGCCCUGAAAGUUGCCCACGCUUCGGGGAGGUGGCCCUGCUGCAGCCCACCGAGGACCCCUGCUGCCUGGGGACGGUUUGCGUGUGUAACCAGACCCUGUGUGAGGGCCUCGCCCCCACCUGCAGCCCCGGCCACCGGCUCCUCACCCACUUCCAGGAGGACUCCUGCUGCCCCCGCUACACCUGUGAGUGUGACCCCGACCUGUGUGAGGCAGUGCAGGUCCCCAGCUGCCGCCAGGACCAGAUCCUGAUCGCGGGCCGCCUGGGGGACUCGUGUUGCAUCUCCUACUUCUGUGGUGCUUCCCACGACCACCUGCUCUGGACCGCCCUCCCCGGCACUGGGACCGCCUGUGACAGGGGUGGCCCCUCUCUCCCCACAGCCUGUGGAGACUGUCCGGAUCCCAUCCCCGAGUGUCAGGAAGGGGAGGCGCUCACCGUGGACAGGAACACCACGGAGCUCUGCUGUCCUCUGUACCAGUGCGUGUGUGAGAGCUUCCGCUGCCCGCAUGUGCAGUGCGGCAUGGGCACGGCCCUGGUGGAGGUGUGGAGCCCAGAGCGCUGCUGCCCCUACAAGUCCUGUGAAUGUGACUGCGACACAAUCCCAGUGCCCCGGUGCCAUCUGUGGGAGAAGUCCCAGCUGGACGAGGCGUUCAUGCGCAGCGCGGAGAACGUGUGUGGCUGCGCCAAAUAUGAGUGCGUGAAGGCCCCCGUGUGUCUGAGUCGCGAGCUGGGGGUGAUGCAGCCAGGCCAGACGGUGGUGGAGCUCUCGGCAGACGGCGUGUGCCACACCUCCCGCUGCACUGACGUGCUCGACCCUCUGACCAGCUUCUACCAGAUCAACACCACCUCCGUGCUGUGUGACGUCCACUGUGAGGCGAACCAGGAGUACGAGCACCCGAGGGACCUGGCGGCCUGCUGCGGCUCCUGCAGGAACGUGUCCUGCCUCUUCACCUUCCCCAAUGGCACCACCUCUCUGUUCUUGCCCGGGGCGUCCUGGAUCGCACACUGCACCCGCCACCACUGCAGCAGCACGCCCCUGGGCGCCGUGCUCGUCCGCUCGCCCAUCAGCUGCCCACCACUCAACGAGACCGAGUGUGCCAAGGUUGGGGGCUCGGUGGUACCUUCCUUGGAAGGAUGCUGCAGGACAUGUAAAGAGGAUGGGCGCUCCUGCAAGAAGGUGACAAUCCGCAUGACCAUCCGCAAGAAUGAAUGCAGGAGCAACACCCCUGUGAACCUAGUGUCCUGUGAUGGGAGGUGCCCUUCCGCCAGCAUCUACAACUAUAACAUCAACACCUACGCCCGUUUCUGCAAGUGCUGCCGCGAGGUGGGCCUGCAGCGGCGCUCCAUACAGCUCUUCUGUGCCACCAAUGCCACCUGGGUGCCCUACACAUUGCAGGAGCCCACGGACUGUGCCUGCCAGUGGUCCUGAGGCCUGGGGGCCGGGGCUGGCUGGAUUGCUGUCUGCUCUGGCUGGCCUAGUGUGGGGUGGGGGUGGGCACUAAAAGUGUGGAGAGCUGGUACGUGCUGAAGGUGGAAUGGUGGGCAGAGCACAGAGAGUGACCAGAACCGGCCACACUGGCCCAUCUUGCCUCUCCCUCCUCCACGUACGGGAGAGUGCCACAGCUUGGGGCUCAGUGAGCUCAACUCUGUCCCUGGCUUGAGGUCUGGGAAGGGCCCUCUGUCACUGGAGACUCUGGCUGCAGUGUUGGUGGAGGAGGAGACAGCUUUCCUGAGAAGCUGGGACCAAGGCUAUACCCAAGACCUAGUAGAGAGCCUGAAUCUGAUGGCUUAUCCUCCUCCUUGGCCCUCUGGACCACGGAAGAACCACCAACUCAGUAAAGGGAAAGAGGGCUUUAAUUGCAAGACCCGGAUCUGCACAGUGCUGUCCAGGAGGGCGUCCCAAAAGCAAAGAGGGUGGGUUCCCAAGCCCAUGUGCUCUCACCAGUAUCUGUGAGGUCAGGUCCAGAGACUGGGGAGUGCAUUCAGUGACCUUCGUUUCCCAUAGCUCAGAGAGGGGAGCCUUGAUAUUCUGUCAUUGAUCUUGUAAUUCAGGAAAGGAUUUAGAGGAACAGGGCCAUACUCACCCCCACUCUCACCCCUCAGAACCAGCCUCCCUGGCUGGUGGGCUGGCUCUGGUGAGGUGUGGUGGGAGGACCCUCUGUGAGGGUCCAGCUCCACUCAGCCCCAUGUGGCUGGACAGUCCAUCCCUCCAAGGGCCUUAGGGUGUUUAAUGAUACCUUCCGUCUGCCAGAGCAGACCCCAGCUCUGCCAUUUGCCUUUUCUCCAAGUACAUGGUCUCUGGAGCAGCCCAAGUGUGGGUUUCGUAGCUCAGCCAGUGCCCAGCUCUCUGCUUCAUGAGACUGUCCAGUAGGAGAGCAAUGGUCAGUGGGAAGUGAGGCCUGAUGCAUGUGUAGCUGUCUCUGAGCAUGUCAGAGCCUGGUGUCUGAACCACAGCGUCCUUCCUAAAGCCAGCCUGGGGGUCCCUCCACACCCCACCACAUGCCACUUUGUGCUGGUGGGUCCAAAGGGUAUGAACAUGAGGGUGUUCUGACCCUAGCACUGCCCUGUAUGUCUGGAAAUGUGUAGCUGCCCUGGCGCCCUUGAGAUUGGGGCCCUGUGCCAGGAUGGUCCCCAGCUGUUCCUGCAGCCUCUUUGCUCCUGUAUCUGUGUUCUGUUUGUAUAUCCAGUAAACCACAGGAAGCCAUCAGGCCUCUGAGCAUCUUUGAAGGUGUCAGGUUUGCUUUGAAUCUCAAGGAAUUUCAGCUCUGAAGACAAGACCCUAUUUUAGGACCCUGGAGGUCACCCCGACUUCUCCUGCUCCACCCUCACUAUACACUUACAGGUGGUCACACAUUCCGAUGAUCACACUGAUCUCUGGAAUCACAGUGUUUCUGGGUUUCCAUCCCCACCGAAGUACCCCCUCCUGCCUGCUUCACCUGGAAACCCACCUCACAUCCCAGCCCUAUGGCUAAAACUCCCAGUCCUGUUCCCCUAGCUUCCUCCUGGGGAACCAACUCUUUUAGGCUAAGACACAAGUGAAAGAUUAACAAGAAGCAAAUCACCAACCAGCAUGCUUCCUGCUCUGUACUGGGGGAAGAUAGCAAAGGGUGAGGAUGUCAAACCUAAAUCAACACUGCUCAGUGGCACUCAAGAAGCCAGUACCCAUAGUGCUGAUAUGAGUGUUCAUUGAUACAAUUAUGAGAUGUUGAUUUACAUUAAAAAUGCACAUACCCUU